CCACUCGGCCGUGGCUGAUGACGUGCCCGCAGCGCCUGGUCGCCUUGGCAAACCCUGGCUUGUAAACACUCCCCGGGAGGGCCACCUGCGUGUAAGAACCGGCGUACCCCUCGCCUUGUCGUCCCUCAGAACGAUCAGAAUGCCUGUUAGUCCAAGAACCGUCCUCAGCGAGUGGGCCCCGCUGGCGUGAGGUGACAGGCAGGCACGGGCGCGGAGGAGGACCCCGGGGCAAGGGCUGGCUGGCCCUGCAGGGUCCCGGCGCGUAAGGUUUUGUACCUGCCACCAUCUCGUCCGGAACGGCCGAUUCCUGCUCUCUCCAGCUGCUUCUGUUGCCUGUUUUCUACUUAAGAAAUUCUGAAUACCGGUUAUUUGCCAAACACAGAACUGUGGGCAAGUAACAGAUAAAUAAAUGAAUGAACAUCAAGCGACUGCCCGCAGUCAACUGGACGGUUCACAGAACAAAAAUAAUAAUAAUAAAUAAUAAUAACAACUCUGAUUAAAUCUGGGGUUUGUGCUGUUAUUGAAACGAUCCAGAUCAGUGGAUGAAGUGCACAGAAAGGGAACCCGACAAAAUUUGGGGGCAAAGUGUAACGAUUCGCUGAAGUAAACCCAAGGUGAAAGCUAAAGAGAAGAGGGGAAAUUCAAUUGACUUAGGUCAAAAGGAUUGAAGAGGCAGAAGGAACAAUGUAUGUAAAGCGUGAAGAAACAAUGGUUGCAUUUGGCUGCAAAAACCGUUGAAGAGCCAAUAACAAGAAAGACUGAAGAGGCCUCUGAGGGCCAGGUCGUAUGGAGUGUUUUAUGCUACUUUAUCUGAACCUUUUUCUGACAACAUAGAAAGCCAGUAAAAGAUUUUAAAUUGUAAGGUGGCACAGUCAGUCUGUUUUCCAAAACUAUUUUACCAUGGAAAAACGAUUAGAGAGGAACAAAGUUGAUGAAAAGGAAAUCAGAUAGGAGGUUACGGCAGUAACAGAAACAAAAGCUGACAUUGCAGGUUGGAACUUGGCGGUGAAGGUGAAGUGUAGUGAACUAAUUAAAAAUUCGGCAAGACUUAGUGAUUGAACAAAUGCUGAAAGAAAAGUCAGAGCCAAAGAUAAGCCCAAGUUUCUAUCUAAGACAACUGAGAAGAUGGUGAUAACUUUCAUUCCAGACCUAGAGACAUCACCUCAGGCUCCAGCCUAAGCAUUAGGCCUGUUAAGUUUAAUAGUUGUCAUCAAUGCUGUUUGGUGACUUCAGCACACACAGGCAUAUACCUUCACAAAGGAAUAUGGUGUGAGAGCAGUUACUCUCCGUGAUUGGUAUAGUACUGGUUUUGUCUCUUGCUUGAAAAGGCAGUUGAGUUGUAACUCCCUAACUGUGGCCAUGUGGCUAUGGUGAUCUACAUUUCUUCUUUGGAGAACUGGGAAGACCAAGUUUUAUGACAUUUUUCAUGAACAUGGAACUGCCGCCUAAGGAUUUCUCACAAUCUAUGAAAUUUUCAAACAACUCAUUCUACUCACCAUCAAGUUACCCAUCUUCAUUAAAGAGACAAAACCUUGUGAGUUUCCUCAGAAACCCACACUAUGGCAGCCUCAUUUAUGCAGAUGGUCAUGGAGAAGUGUGGACAGAUUGGAAUGAUAUGUCCAAGUUUUCUCAGUAUGGGUGGAGAUGUACCACUAAUGAGAAUUCAUAUUCUAACUGUACCCUGAUGGGCAACUGGAACCAGGAAAGAUUCGACCUAAGGAAUAUUGUACAGCCUAAACCCUUGCCUUCUCAAUUUGGACACUACUUUGAAACAACAUAUAAUGCAAGCUACAACAGCAAAAUUCCACUCUCAACCCAUAGAUUUAAGCGAGAACCUCAUUGGUACCCAGGACAUCAACCUGAACUGGAUCCUCCUCGAUACAAAUGCACAGAAAGGUCAACUUACAUGAAUAGCUAUUCAAAGCCUCAGGUCAGAACUCACUCCCUGUGUGCACAGUAUCCUAACACUGACCAAUUUCAGGGUCCAGAAUUCUAAGAAGCUUCAAUUUUCUGUAGUAGAAUGUUUGAGAGGAACACAUUCUAAGCAAGAACUCAAGCUCAGCCUACUGUGACAUGGUCUCUCUCUAAGUAAAUAAACCACAAGACAUGAAAAAUAUCUAUUUCUUUGGGGUUUUGUCUAGCCAAGACUUAAAUAUUAAAGUUAAUUAUAUCUACUCUUAGUUCUAACUAGAGGUGUUGCAGAAGGCAUUAAAGCAGGUUUUUUCCUCAAAUCUCACUGGUAGUUGUGGCACACACUUGUAAUCAUCAAGCAUAAGAGGAUAAGGAAGGAAGAUCUUGAGUUUCAGAUAAACCUGGACAACGCUUUUAGAACCUGGAGUACUGGACCAUGUCUGUAUUCCCAGAACCUAUGGGACUAUGGCAAGAGGAUCACAACAUUGAGCCCAGCCUAGACUUCCUAGUGAAAAUUUGUUUCAAAAAAGAAAAUAAAAACAUUCUGGAGAAAGAAGGUUGCCAGGACUUCUGUAGUUAGCAAAAACACAUCUUUGUUCUGAGAAAUUAGACAGUUGAAAUCACUGUUUAAAGUGAUUUUCUUGAAGAAGGAUAUAACCCCCACAGAAAAAAAAAUAUAUUUUUAGAAAACAAUUUUUGUUUGCUUUUUAUAUUCUGCAA